UCUUGCAGUUGAGGAUUCAGAACCGAAGGCAAAAUGAAAUCGACUCUGGGUUGAAAACUACCUGUUCCUCUCGCAAAGGAGAGAAAGACCAGAGUAAAGCUCUGCGUCUAACUGACGAUGGCGCCACUCAGAAGUCGCCCCUGUGUGGUCUGAACAUUAAAACUGCACAAGACAGGAGUGUAUGUGGGGUUGGAAGGCAGAAGAAGGCUCGGCUGGCUAACAACCUUAGAGAGAAGGUCCAGCAUCGUCCCGAACCUCUGGACCUACUGCACAAACACAUACUGCCUCCGGAGAACCGCCCCGUCUCCUUCCCUCUCUCCUCAGAUGACUUCCAAGAUGACAUCUCUUCCUGCUCUUCCUCCUUGUCUCCCGAGCAACUCGGGGUCCUCCAAUCACCAGCCUUCUCCUCGUCGCCAGGGUUCUCAGACGACCAAUCACUGAGUGACCUGUCGCCUGGGGUCUUGCCCCUUACCCACAGUCCCGCCCAUGUUCAGGUGAAAUUACCUUCCCCUAAAUCCUAACUUCAACCAUCAAGUGAGAUUACCUUCCCCUAAAUCCUAACCUCAAACAUCAGGUGAGAUUACCUUCCCCUAAAUCCUAACCUCAAACAUCAGGUGAGAUUACCUUCCCCUAAAUCCUAACCUCAAACAUCAGGUGAGAUUACCUUCCCCUAAAUCCUAACCUCAAACAUCAGGUGAGAUUACCUUUCCCUAAAUUCUAACCUCAAACAUCAGGUGAGAUUACCUUCCCCUAAAUCCUAACUUCAACCAUCAAGUGAGAUUACCUUUCCCUAAAUCCUAACCUCAAACAUCAGGUGAGAUUACCUUCCCCUAAAUCCUAACUUCAACCAUCAAGUGAGAUUACCUUCCCCUUAAUCCUAACCUCAAACAUCAAGUGAGAUUACCUUCCCCUAAAUCCUAACUUCAACCAUCAAGUGAGAUUACCUUCCCCUAAAUCCUAACUUCAACCAUCAAGUGAAAUUACCUUUCCCUUAAUCCUAACCUCAAACAUCAAGUGAGAUUACCUUUCCCUUAAUCCUAACCUCAAACAUCAGGUGAGAUUACCUUUCCCUAAAUCCUAACUUCAACCAUCAAGUGAGAUUACCUUUCCCUAAAUCCUAACCUCAAACAUCAGGUGAGAUUACCUUCCCCUAAAUCCUAACUUCAACCAUCAACACGGGAAACACAAAACUGACUUUAGAACUGCAAGUCAUGUUUGGAUCACAUCCUUUGCUAUUACCUGUUUAUAUUUCUGUCCUGCUUUCCUGCAGUCUAUCUUGGCGUUGCUCCCAGCAACCGAGGGCAUCAGCCAGCCAAUGAGCAUGACUGUGGGCGACUCCAACUCCAUGGCAACGACCGGGAGACCAAAGGGGAUGUAUCUGACCUCCCAUGCCACGCCCCUGCUGCCAAAGACAGCCCGGUCUCUCACACCUUCCUCCGAUUCUUCCUCCCUUACUCCCUCCCUGAAUUCCUCUCGCCCCCCCCCGCCCGCGGAAACCACGGGAUUCACAGCCCAAGAUGAGGAAACUCAAAUACCAUCAGUACAUUCCCCCCGACCAGAGAGGGACGGACGGGACUGCCGGGGGAGGGGCCAGUCAGAGGAGCCCCACCCCAGCCCAGCUCUUAGACCCCGCCUACUCAAGCCUCCUGCAGCAACAGCAGGUGUUCCUCCAGCUGCAGAUCCUCCAGAACCAACAACAACAACAGCAGAACCAGCAGCAACAGGACCAGCAGCAGCUCACCGUCACACCCAGUGGAGACACCAACCAAAUGGUGAGGUUCUCUGGAGCCAUGCACCAGAACCCUCAGCCUGUAUCCAAGGCAACAAACCACACCUCUGUGGACACAAGUCCCUCCAACAAGUCUGAGCUCCUCCCACCUAACCUGGUCGACCUCACGGUGUCUGAGUUGCGACAGCAGCUGCGUAAGCGAGGUCUUCCUGUCUCCGGCACCAAGCCCACCCUCCUCCAGAGGCUACGCCCUUUCCAGCUGCCCCACCUGUGUUUGACCCCCAUGCCCCUCUGCCAGCUGGGUACCAGCCAGGAACCCCUUACCCCCACCUCCCUGCUCACCCCCAGCCACUACCCCAGCUCCAGCCCCAGCUCUGGAACUGACUCCCCCACCAACAGCCCUAACCAUCAGGUCUACAUCCAGUCCACUGGAAUUCUGAGUGGGGUUCCAAACGGAAUUGUUAAUGGCAUUCCGAAUGGUAAUACUAAUGGAAUAGGGGUCAGUGUGGUGGGGGAGCAGUGUGGCUUCCUGGCCGCUGCGUUAACCCCAUCGUCGACACCCAGCCCCGGUCUCCCCCCAUGCUCCUCUUUGCCACUGUCGACUGGCGCCUUCUGGCAGUCGGAACAGGAGCAGCAGGAGUUGAACCUGGAGCUGGAGAUGAGGGAUAGGAUGAGGAGCAGGCCCAGGGAGAGGCUAUCUCCUCCUCUGUCUCUAUCCUGUGGGGGUUCCCUCCAUCCCUUCCUGCAACAGGAUCCAGGAUGGCCCAGAGGGACACCAGAGAGGGAAGGACAGACAGAGAUCCUGUUCACACAGGUGUACUGCUGCCAGCCGUGGGACGUGAUUGGCCAGGACUUUGAGCUGCCCAUGCAGAUCACAGCCAGUCCCAUUCAAGCCACACCCAGCGUCCGCAGUCUGGAGGAGGAGCUGCAGGAGGCCAUUAACAGAGUACUGAUGGACCCCAGUCAGUCUAUAGAGGACAUUCUGGAGGAACCUACCACCUGUGUGGACUCCCACUCCUCCUCUGUCUCAGACCUCCAAUCCCCUGUCACUAUCCUCCCUGGCCCCUCCCCUCCUCCCCAAACAGACCAAUCCCAGCCGUUCCGUUGUCAUUCAAAGGAUGACAACUUCUUGUCCUCUCCUCUCUGCUCCUCCCUCCUGCUGGAGCUCCCGCCGUCACCUUCGAUGAUGGUUCCCCGCCAAGCCGCCCCACCCCCUCUCCCUCCCUCCAUCUGUACUUCUCCCCUGCCUCCCACUGUGACCUCACGGAAGAGGUGGGCUCAGGCAACCUUUGACCCUGCUGAUUGGUUGGAGUCGCUAGCCUCUGGACUCCGCCCUCUCAGUCCUCCAUCUGCCCCAUUCGUUGAGACCGACUUUGGCCUCAAUUUGGAUCUGAACGUCAACCAAGCGUUGGAUCUCAUGGUGGAGCAGUGGUGAAGGUCUUAGGUGGAGUGUCAGUGUGUGUGUGUGUGUGUGUGUGUGUGUGUGUGUGUGUGUGUUCGUUAUUUGGACUUCAACAUACACUUCCCAAACAAUGGGAACAGAUUUGUCUAUCCAUCCAUCCCCUCUGUCCACUCUGUGAGUGAGUAAUCUGUUUGAGCGAGGUGACUGCAGGUCUGUACCCCACGCAAUGUUGAGCGACAGAUACUACUACACUGGAAGAGAUGAAAAAAGACUGAGUUGCAUUGGUGGAACAAUAACUGGCAGAGGGAAUCACACGCACGCACACACACACACACACACACACACACACACACACACACACACACACACACACACACACACACACACACACACACACACACACACACACACACACACACACACACACACACACACACACCUUGAGUUGUCCUGUUAAAUAAAAAAUGGCCAAAUACAACAAAUGAACAAUGCAUAUUUGGAGUCACACACAAUCCAACACAAUGUUUACAGUGGGAAACAAAGAAACCCAGUUGAACAGGGCCCCUACUGUUCCCCCAGCCACAGUCAUUGAGUCCGAGUCAUUCAUAAAGGCCAUUAAAGCCAGACUGGGCAGACAGACAGGGCACACAGCUUGUCCAUGUCUCCAGACCUUUCCCUAGUGCCAGACACACAGUCGGCAUGUGGAGAGAGAGAGCUGGCAGACACCACACAACCCUUACAGGGAAGUGUAUGUGUGUCACUGUGUGUAUGUGUGUGUGUAUGUGUUUGUGCACACACACACACAAUUGUUUAUUUAUCUGAAUUGUUGCAAAUAUACUUGUAGCUCCUUGUUUGUGUAGACUAAGUGUGCAAUGUCUCUGAGUAUUGAUUUUGUACGGUUGAUCUGUGAGAGAGAGAGAAGAGAGACUGCUUCCACAUUUCGUGCCUAUUUUAAUUGUGGUCUCAACGCUAGUCUGUUGCUGCAAUAUAUAACACUGUGAGUGGGUCACUAAAACCUAAUGAACCACUAUGUUCAAUUCAUUGCUUGCCUUUUUUUUAUUUAAGAGAAAAAAACUGGUAAACAUCCUAUUAAGCCAAGAGAUAAAUAGCAAUCACUCUGAGAGGCUUCAGAGCCUGCAACACCACCAUAUUACCAGAGUGUAUGUUCUCAUCAGCGCAUGAGAACAGGUGGCCACUGAGGACCUCCCACAGUGUUUGGAGGAAACAGCUUGGUGCUCUACACACUGUAAGGGCCACAGUCACUGUUUACACCUGUUGUUAUGGAGAUAAAAAGGUCAAAUAAAGGUUAUGCGCAGGAUAACAAUGCCAAUUAAUUUCAUGAAACAAUUUCAUGAUUUUAGCUUAGAAUUUUUCGGUGCUUUAUCCCAUAUUGUAAAAACAGGUAGAAUUUGGAAAUACAUCUGUCCCAAAAAUAGGCUGUUCUGAUUGCAGGAAGUGACACAGGUGUUCCCUGAGACCACAAUCUCUCUCUUGGCCAGUUCCAAAUCGACCCCUAGCCCCUACCCCCUAGGCACAUGAGGAGGAUAGAACUGGAUAGAUAUAAUCAAUAUGGUAAUAGCUCCACCAUUCCCCUGAUAGGCUAUGUGGAACUUUCCCCAUAUCGCUCACAGCUAUCCAGCCUACUAGAAGUUGUGCCCUGGUACGAGGGGCUAGAGGCUAGGGGUCCGCAUGGGAUUGGCCAUAUUCAUUUUAUAUGACCACCAGGGGUGUCCCAUCAGAAAAGAGCUGAGGAGGUGAAUACUGUACUUCUCCCUAACAUGGAUCAUGAUGAAGUUGUCUGUGUUUCCGUGCUAUCAGUGAUUGACAAGGCAGUCCAAGGGCUUAUUCUCAGGGUCAGAACGUUCAGUAUUUACAGAGCAGAUAUUAUUCUCUAUUCCACAUGAUGUUCUACCAGAUCCAAUGGUUCUGAGGUCAUGACAGACUUAAUUCAGCUGUUGUGAUUCCGAUUAGUUGUAUGGCCUGUCAAUUAGUGAAGUAUGUGAGCACUGAUUAUGGCCUGGCCUGAGAGCAACCCACAGCCUCUGUUAGCAGUAUGGCGACGGCUCCACCUAGCCUUCCAAUAGGCUGAGGGGAACUUCUACCAUAUUUCUUCUGCCUACCUGGUUCAUGUAGAUUAGAAAACCAAAGGGGUGUAGGGGCUAGGGGUUGUUUUUGGACCAGUCCUGUGUUAUGUUCCUUGGGAGAAUACAACACAUAGUGUGCUUUCCUAACCUCCUAGCUGACUCGACACCCUUCUUAAAGACCAUUGUGUGAACAACAAACUGUGAUCUUACUAAUGUUCCCCAGAGACAUAUUUAUUGAUAUUUAUAUAUAUGGCUCUGAUGUUCCCCACCCAGUCUCUGCAUAAUAACCACUGCGCUAAGUGCAAUAUGGUGUAUGUGAAGGGCACAGCCAUUGGGAAAUACCAGGCCCCCAUAUCUCUGUCUUGUCGUUACUCUAAACAAAAUGGCGUAAUGGGUCCUCACUCAACAAGAUGUUGCAUAAAGCUUAGUUCAUUUGACGGUUUUCACUGCAUCAGGGAUAGCAUACACAGAUGUUUCGGCUUCACAGCCUUCUUCAGUGUGUCGGUACAAAUGUAUUUGAAUUCAAAACAGCACUUGUAGGGAACAACAGAUUAGCAGCAGGUGCUUCUAAGUAGGGCUACCAAUCAUCUGCCAAGCUUUCAUGUUGAAGCAUUUCACGAGCAGCUUUCACCGUAGAACUGUAGAAAACCAUGUUGAAUGGUGACAAUGGGACAGACUGACGACCGUGAUAAUCACGGUGGUCAAACACGUUCUCUGUCUGCUGCACUUAGGAUGACGAGAGAGAGAAACGCGGGAGAGUAACAUGCUACCUCUUGUGAAUGGAGAUGCUUAAGGCCUACUGUACUCUGUCUGGUCCUGGAAAACCAGUGGUCAUACACGUUCUCUGUCUGCUGCACUUAGGAUGACGAGAGAGAGAAACGCGGGAGAGUAACAUGCUACCACUUGUGGAUGGAGAGGCUUUAGGCCUACUGUACUCUGUCUGGUCCUGGAAAACCACUGUGUAUGUUGGUUUUCAUCUGAACCAGUCUCUUCCCCUAAAUCUGUGCUGAUAUCACCUGACUCAUGUUAGGAGUGUAUCACUUUCAGAAUCAGUGGGGAGGUUGGUGGGUUGGUUGGGAGAACUGUCUAUGCUAGGUUAUUCCUGUCUGCCUGUCUGCCUGUCUGUCUGCCUGUCUGUCUGUCUGUCUGUCUGUCUGUCUGUGUUGUGAAGGUAUAUCUUUCCCCCUUGAGGCUUUCUGUAGCCAGAAUGAGAGAAAGAGGGAUUAGACUAAGACGUUGUCAUAAUCGAGAUCAGGAAGUAUCUGAGCCAACUGUUGCCAUUGUUUCGGUCAGCUCCAUUCAUUGGGAGUUCAAUUUGGCUUCCAAUGCCGACAGUGCCUUGCGAAAGUAUUCGGCCCCCUUGAACUUUGCGACCUUUUGCCACAUUUCAGGCUUCAAACAUAAAGAUAGAAAACUGUAUUUUUUUG